GCAUUAUGGAUGACGAAGCAGAAACUUAUAAGCUAUGGAGAAUUCGUAAAACUGUUAUGCAGUUAUGUCACGAUCGUGGAUACUUAGUAACUCAAGAUGAAUUGGAUCAAACAUUAGACCAGUUCAAAGAACAAUUCGGCGAUAAACCAAGUGAAAAGCGUCCAGCAAGAAGUGAUUUGAUAGUGUUGGUAGCUCACAAUGAUGAUCCUACAGAUCAAAUGUUCGUUUUCUUCCCGGAUGAAGCCAAGAUUGGAAUCAAAACUAUAAAGACUUACUGUACUCGAAUGCAAGAGGAAAAUAUCCAUAGAGCUAUUGUAGUAGUACAAGCUGGUAUGACACCAUCAGCAAAACAGUCUUUAGUAGACAUGGCCCCGAAGUACAUCCUGGAGCAAUUUCUAGAAUCAGAACUACUUAUCAAUAUAACAGAACACGAAUUGGUGCCAGAACACAUAGUCCUCACACCUGAUGAGAAGCAGGAACUGCUUGCUAGAUAUAAACUGAAAGAAAACAUGUUGAUGAGAAUACAAGCCGGCGACCCAGUGGCGAGGUACUUCGGACUUAAAAGAGGACAGGUGGUGAAAAUCAUCAGAUCCUCAGAAACGGCUGGAAGAUACAUUUCGUACAGAUUAGUGUGCUAAGUUUAGAUUUGUAGUUGAAAUAAAAAAGAAUAUAUU